AUGACCAAGGAAAAUUAUAAUAAACUAUCAGCUUCAUAUAAAGCGACAUGGAAAUGUCCAGCAUGUAAAGCCGUGAGUAAGAAGGGCCCUAAAAACUCUGACAGCACGCCCGUUAAAGGCGUUGAGCUUGUUGGUGUAUCUGAUAGCACGUCCUCAAAAUAUUCUCAGGACUUCCAAUCGUUUAAAACUGACAUCCUGAACAGUCUAUCUAAGUCCCAGGAGGAGCAGAAACGUGCUUUGCUUAAUCUAAUUGAUGAAAAAUUUAACAUCAUGCAGGAGUCUCUUGACUUUUUUUCAUCAAAAUAUGACGAGAUAAAACACGAAUUAGAUGAAGCCAAGAAUGACAUGCAUCUCCUGAAAAAAGUAAACGAGGAUCUACGUACCGAUGUGAGGAAUCUUCAUAGUAGGUUGUACCUUUUCGAAAGGGAGUCAAGAGCUUGUAAUUUAGAGAUACAUUGCGUACCGGAACAUAGGAAUGAAAACUUGGUAAAUAUGGUCGAACAGAUUGGCAAAAUAACGGGGAACCCCAUUAAAGAAGGUCAGAUUUCGAAAUGUACCCGGAUAGCGAAACUCAAUAAAGACUCCCCUCGUCCUAGAACUGUUUUGGUGAAGUUUUUCAGCCCCAUUACAAGAGACCAGUUUUACGCUAGUAUAAUUAAAUUCAAUAAAAAUAAAUCCAAGGAGGAUAAACUUAAUACUUCGCACCUAGGGCUCGCAGGCGAAAAGUAUGGCGUUUUUAUCAUGGAACAUCUAAGCCCCGAGGCGAAGGCUCUUCAUGCUCAGGCUAGAAAGUUUAAAAAGGAAAAUCAGUGGCAAUUUGUCUGGUCUCGGAACGGAAAUAUUUUCAUGAGGAAAAAUAUAUCGAGUGAUGUUGUUUAUAUAAAAAAUGCAGACAUUUUUCAUACUUUAGUAUAA